AUGGGCCGUCCGUGCGCGCUGGCCCUGGCCGUGGUAUCGGCCCUGCUGUGUCAGGUCUGGAGCUCGGGGGUGUUCGAGCUGAAGCUGCAGGAGUUCGUCAACAAGAAGGGGCCCCUGGGGAACCGCAACUGCUGCCGCAGCGCGGCGGGGGGCGCGGGGCCGCUGCAGUGCGAGUGCAGGACCUUCUUCCGCGUGUGCCUCAAGCACUAUCAGGCCAGUGUGUCCCCCGAGCCGCCCUGCACUUACGGCAGCGCCGUCACGCCGGUGCUGGGCGUCGACUCCUUCAGCCUGCCCGACGGCGCGGGCGGCGGCCACGCGGCCUUCAGCAACACCAUCCGCUUCCCCUUAGGCUUCACCUGGCCGGGCACCUUCUCCCUGAUCAUUGAAGCUCUCCACACGGAUUCUCCGGAUGACCUCACAACAGAAAACCCAGAGCGGCUCAUCAGCCGCCUGGCCACCCAGCGGCACCUGACUGUGGGCGAGGAGUGGUCUCAGGACCUGCACAGCAGUGGCCGCACGGACCUCAAGUACGCCUACCGCUUCGUGUGUGACGAGCACUACUAUGGGGAGGGCUGCUCUGUCUUCUGCCGUCCCCGGGACGACGCAUUCGGCCACUUUACCUGCGGGGAGAGAGGGGAGAAGGUCUGCAACCCUGGCUGGAAGGGCCAGUACUGCACCGAGCCUAUCUGCCUGCCUGGGUGUGACGAGCAGCACGGCUUCUGUGACAGGCCAGGGGAGUGCAAGUGCAGGGUCGGCUGGCAGGGUCGGUACUGCGACCAGUGCAUCCGGUACCCUGGCUGUCUCCACGGCACCUGCCAGCAGCCGUGGCAAUGCAACUGCCAGGAGGGCUGGGGCGGCCUCUUCUGCAACCAGGAUCUGAACUACUGCACCCACCACAAGCCCUGCGAGAACGGAGCCACCUGCACCAACACGGGCCAGGGCAGCUACACCUGCUCCUGCCGGCCCGGGUACACGGGCGCCAACUGCGAGAGCGAGGUCGACGAGUGCAACACCGGCCCGUGUAAGAACGGAGGAAGCUGCACAGAUCUUGAAAACAGCUACUCCUGCACCUGCUCCCCUGGCUUCUACGGCAAGCACUGCGAGCUGAGUGCCAUGACGUGUGCCGACGGCCCGUGUUUCAACGGGGGGCGGUGCGCGGACAGCCCGGACGGGGGCUACACCUGCCACUGCCCCGUGGGCCACUCCGGCUUUAACUGCGAGAAGAAGAUGGAGCCCUGCGGCUCUUCACCCUGCUCCAACGGGGCGCAGUGUGUGGACCUGGGCAGCUCCUACCUGUGUCGGUGCCUGGCCGGCUUCUCGGGGCAGCACUGCGACGGCAACGUGGACGACUGCGCGUCCCUGCCGUGCGCCAAUGGUGGCACCUGCCAGGACGGCGUCAACGACUACUUCUGCACCUGCCCCCCGGGGUACACGGGCAAGAACUGCAGCGCCCCGGUUAGCAGGUGCGAGCACGGGCCGUGCCACAACGGGGCCACCUGCCACGAGAGGGGCCGGCGCUACGUGUGCGAAUGCGCGCGCGGCUACGGCGGCCCCAACUGCCAGUUCCUGCUGCCCGAGCCGGGGCCAGUGGUGGUGGACCUGACCGAGCGCUACCUGGAGGCCCCGGGCGGGCGGUUCCCCUGGCUCGCCGUCUGCGCCGGCGUCGUGCUGGUGCUGCUGCUGUUGCUGGGCUGCGCGGCCGUGGGCGUCUGCGUGCGGCUGAAGGCGCAGAAGCGGCGGCUGCCGGGCGAUGCGUGCCGGGCGGAGGCGGAGACCAUGAACAACCUGACCAGUUGCCAUCGCGAGAAGGACGUGUCGGUCAGCGUCAUCGGGUCCCCACAAAUCAAGAACACCAACAAGAAGGCGGAUGUGCACGGUGACCAUGGCGCCGACAAGGGCAGCUUCAAGGCCCGCUACCCGGCCGUGGACUACAACCUGGUGCAGGACCUCAAGAACGAGGACCCCGCCAGGGACACCCACGGCAAGCGCGAGGCCAGGCCAGAGCCCCACGGCUGCGUGGGCUUGGAGAAGGGCCCUGCAAUGCUCAGGGGCGGAGAAGCAUCGGAAAGGAAAAGGCCGGACUCCACGUACUCCAUGUCGAAAGACACCAAGUACCAGUCGGUGUAUGUCAUCUCCGAGGAGAAGGACGAGUGCAUCAUUGCGACUGAGGUGUAAAAUGGAAGCGAUAUGGCAAAAUCCCCGUUUCUCUUAAAAUACAUAGAAUUCCAAGGAUAUAUGCCCCAACGGAUGCUGCUGUAAGAGGAGAGGGAGGCCCCGGACUGCU